GGGUAAACCAUGUCUAAAGGCAGAAUAAUUGAAUUAUAGUAUAGUGUACUUUAGAAAUUGUAAUUAUAAAAAUAUAUAUGUUCCAUUUCCUUGUAAAGGGGCUUUAGAUUCAAAUGGUAUUGUAAAAGCCUAAAUUGAGAGCCUUCUUAAUGCUAGAAAUUGAUUAUUGGAUAAGUAAGAUCCCCUCAAUAAUUCUGGAAAUUUGUAUCGAUUAAACUCUGAAUCUUUUUGAAUCUAUUUUUAGAUUAACAGGAUUCCAGUUGAGUGAAAUUAGUUAAACUUGGCAAUUGAUGAUGAGAGAAAAUUAAAUUAACUAGAAAAUACUUUAAAAAGUAAAAUAUCAUAAUUAAAUAUUCUAGAAUACUUUUAUAAUAUUGAUAAAGGGAGCAAGCAAAUUAGCUAUUGAUUUUGAUACCGAAAUUGAUAAACGAUGAUGAUAGGAGCUAUUGAGAAAUAACAAUUAAAGCUUAUUAUUAAUUGUAUUAAUUAAAAACAUAAUAAUGAUACUUAACGAGAUGUAAUCAAUAUCAGCAAGGUAUAAAAAGAUGCAAUGAAUCAGAAAGAUGUUGAAUUAAAGAAUCUAUGAAACAUUUUAUUAACAAAACAGUAAGUUUGAUAUGUUUAAGCUUAGUUUAAAAAUUAAGGAUUUUAAAAAAAGAAGAGAUAUCACUUUUAAGUUAGAAUGGAUUAAG